UUUUUGUUCCUGAAAGGAGAAACAGACAGAGACAGACGGUAAGGAUACCAAUCACAGUGACCUAAUGAGGACGGCUCCAGGAGGGAACACUGGGAUAACUGGGAAAGCGGAAUACUUGUAAUUCCUGCCACCUGCUGCAGACCGCUCUACUUUAAGAUCUGAAAGAGCUGCAACGGAAAGUGAAAGCAACUGCCAGAGAAGCUUCCAGACUGACUGACUUCCCUUUGAGUUUGCUGUGUUUUUAGCUUCAAAAACAAAAUGUCGUUCAGAGGAGAGGAGGAUUUCUCCUGUCCUGUCUGCCAUGAAGUCUUCAAAGACCCCGUUGUUUUGUCGUGCAGCCACAGCUUCUGCAAAGACUGCCUACAGAAAUGGUGGCAGGGGAAGAAAAUAUUGGAGUGUCCGUGCUGCAAGAGAAGAUCCUCAAAGAGUGAUCCCCCUCGUAACUUGGCACUGAAGAACCUGUGCGAGGCCUUUUUAGAGGAGAGAGGGGAGAGAGGCCGAAAAGCUUCAGAAGGGUCUGAGUCACUCUGCAGUCUGCACGGCGAGAAACUCAAAAUCUUCUGUCUGGACCACCAGCAGCCGGUAUGUGUGAUCUGUCGAGACUCGAAAAUGCACAACAACCACAGGUUCAGACCGAUCGACGAGGCUGCACAGGAACACAGAGAGGAGCUCCAGAAAUCCCUGAAGCCCUUAAAAGAGAAACUGGAGGCUUUUGAAGAAGUUAAAGGAAGCUAUGAUCAAAUAGUGAAGCACAUCAAGGUCCAGGCGCAAAGCACAGAGAAGGAGAUUAAAGAGCAGUUUAAGAAUCUUCACCAGUUUUUGUACAAUGAAGAGAAGAUCAGGAUUGCUAAUCUGAAGGAGGAAGAGGAGCAGAAGGCUAAGAUAGUGAAGGCGAAGAUUGAGGGUCUGAGUAGAGAAAUAGGAGGUCUUUUAAACACAAUCAGAGCCACAGAGAGGGAGCUCAAAGCUGAAGACGUCUCAUUCCUGGAAAACUAUAAAGCUGCAGUGAAAAAAGUCCAGCAGCGCCCACUGCUGCCUGAUCCAGAGCUGAUUUCAGGAGCUCUCAUAGAUGUGGUCAAACACCUGGGCAACCUGACCUUCAACGUCUGGAACAAGAUGAAAGAGGAGGUCUUCUACAGUCCUGUGAUUCUCGACCCAAACACGGCUGACCCAGAACUUGUUGUAUCCGAUAAUCUGAGCAGUGUGAAAUCUGUGAUGCGGAAACAGCUUCCAAGUAACCCAGAGAGGACCAAGUUCUCCUGUUCUGUUCUCGGCUCUACGGGAUUUAACUCAGGGACACAUAAGUGGGAUGUUGACGUUGGAAACAACAAGGACUGGGAACUGGGCGUGCUCGGCGAGUGCUCCCAGACCGGCGGACGCCUUCAGUCUGGAUUGUGGAGAAUUUUGUUCUCCAAUGGUAAAUUCACAGCGUUCUCAUCGUCAGACGUAGAGAAGGAUCUGCCAGUGAAGAAGGAUGUUCGUAGGAUCAGAGUUCAUCUGGACUUUGACCGAGGAAAGUUGUCUUUCUCCGAUCUCGGCACUAACGCACACAUACACACCUUCACACACAGCUUCACUAACACCCUGUUUCCGUAUAUUUACACUGAGAAUCCUCUCCCAGUGAAGAUUUUACCACUGAAGGUCACCGUGAUGGUGGAAAAGAACCCCUGAGGGGAUGCAUAUUAUGAUAAGGUUGGAAAGUAUAAAAAAACUUUGAGACCAAAUUUACAGCAGCUUUCAAAUCAGUGGCUCAAAUAUUAGACAAGUGGACAAAAUGUGAAUAUGUGGACUGCUGCAGUUAUCACACUGUUUAACACUGUAACCUCGGGGGCGUGACAGCCCUGCAACUUCAACGGGGAUAAUCUGAUGAAAAUAUGGGUGU